AUGUCUGCUUUCCAGAAGCACAGUAUUCGUGUGACCCCGGCGACGGUGAAAUGGUUUAAAAAGGUGCGAAGAGCAGCCACUGGUAUACACAACAAAUGGAGGAACUACCAAGCUAAAGGUAAAGUCGGGAUAGCCCCAGAUUUUGGCCGCAAUUAUCCGACAGCAGCAGACAUGCUUGCCAUGACCUACAGACUGGCAGCUUGGAAAAGAAAGCACGCGAGCAAAAUCUGUGCCAAAUUCGUUACAGAACUUCAUUUACUGACACCGAUAAAAAACUAUGAUUAUAUCUCUGCAAAGGACUCCGUCACCGAAGAAGUAGCGAUGAUCCUCAUGAUCAAAGGAGAUACACCGACAGUCGGGUGCCAUGUGAAGUUGUGCAGCACCAAUGGAAAAAACUACGCGGUUCUCUGCUACUAUGGACAGCCGUGA